AUGACGACUUUCGAAAGCUGGCAACACAACGCUGCCGCUCUUCUCCCGACGCGGCGCCCGAGGCAAUUGCUCAUUCUGAUCGGUGCCUUCCUCGUCACAUUGUUGCUCGUCUCCGUCAGCCUUCAGAACUCAGAGACCAGCUCCUGGCGUGUCCGACGACCAUGGGCCACCGAUGUCGAUACGAUACCCGUAGGGACGGUCAAGGGCGACGAUGCGAUCGCGGAACCUAAGCGCAUGCACAUGGUCAUUCCCGUAUCGAAGAGCGACCCGCGCUUCUGCAAGAAUAUGCUUGCUCAGACCAUCCUCGGAUACCCCCGCCCGACCGUCGUCAUGUGGGAUCAAAAGUUCGACGACGACAGAUAUCUCGGCAAGGGAUCGCAUCUCGCCAAGAUCUCCGGCACCCUGAAGUGGCUCGAGGACCCAAAGAAUAAGAAGUACGACGACGAUCUCGUCAUCAUGAUUGACGCCUACGAUGUCUGGUUCCAGCUGCCCCCGGAGACGCUCGUCGCCCGCUACCACGCGCUUCGCGCCGCCGAAGACAAGCGCAUUGCCCAGCGCAUGGGCAAGGCUUUCGCCCGUGAGAAGAUCUCGUCCAAGGUCAUCUUCUCGGCCAGCAAGCGUUGCGGACCCAACGAAAUCCGCAGCGUCGCUUGCUACCCUGUCCCCGAGUCGCCUCUGCCCAACGACAUCUACGGGGCCGUCACCGAUACCAUGGAUGGUCCCUCCCAGUGGGCUGGCCUGCGCACCCGCCACCUCGUGUCGGGCUUCAUCAUUGGCCCCGUCAAAGACAUGCGCCGCAUCUUCCAGCGCGCCAACCGCAACAUGGUCAAGUGUCUCGAGGGCGAUCAAAAGGGCGACAAGUACUAUCUCCCCAAGUGCCACAAGGGCUCGGACCAGAGCUUCUUCAACGAGAUGUUCGGCCAACAGGAGUACCACCGCGAGGUCAUGCGCCGCCACCACCGCAACGCCUGGGACCGCUUCCUUGACGGCAUGGUGCCUACGCGUCCUGGUGCCCCUCGCAGGCCACACAAGAUUGAGACGCUCCUCAUCGACGACCCCCUCAACCCCUCGUUCGACCAUCAGCUCAUGAGCGAUCCGGAUUACCAUGUCGACCAGCGCUACGAGUUCGGCAUCAUGGUCGACCACUUCUCUGAGGUUUCGCACCAGACAUCCAACGCUCUCCAUGACACGACGUUUGUCAACCACAGCGCCCCUCUCGGCCCACAGGUGGACAAGCCUGCCCACGGACAGAAGAUCAUCUGCAGCCCCCGUGCGCCCAUGCCGCGCGACCUCGUCGACAACACUGGCGGUCUCGAACUCUUUGCCGAACAGGGCCGCCCCCGCUGGGAACAGCUGCCACUCUACAGCGAGGUCUGCAACGGCGUCAUCCCCGUUGUCGCACACCACAACUGGGUCAACAAGAAACCCAUCGACACCCUGUGGCCCUCCAUGUGGUGGACAGGCCACGCCCGACAGCUGCUCGAGGCGCGACGUGCACAGGCGAAGGACGAGAAUGAACGCAAGCGUGUCGGCGGCGUCGACACGGACACGGGCAAGAGCCUGACAUGGGACGACCUGUGUCCGGCCGAGUGGGAAAAGGACGUCUUCUUGGAUUGA